UCCCUCAUAGCUUCCACUUUCCUUCUCUCUCUCUCUCUCUCUCACUCACUUUCUCUCUCUAAAAAACUAAAAAAGUGUAGUGUGUAAAUCUCUGCAUGGAUUUCGACACAGUACACAGAGACAAUCUUGGUCUCUAUUCCAAGGUUUUCGAGGAAAUUCCUUACAUACCACAAAUAAUGGAUAAUUACGAUUGUGGCGGCGGCGGCGGUGGUGGUGGUGGUGGUUUUUCUUCUUCUCCUCCAUCAUCUCACGGUUCUUCGGGUCGGGUCAUGGGCGGCUCAUCAUCAUCCUGGAAUCCGGGUCCGGGUUUCUACGCCCCGAACACCAGUAGUUUCUACGACCCUUUUGAUCCAUUUCAACCUUCUUCUUUCGGCAAGUUGAUGAUGAACACCACCCAAGAAUUCUCCUCCCCUUUUCCGGCACAAGAUAAUAAUAAUAUUAAUAUUAAUAUUAAUAUUAAUAAUUCACACGUGCGUAAAACAUUCUUGGAUGAUUAUGAUUGCUCGAGGGCUUCGUUUCAGACAGUGGAUCAGUUUCAUCAGAUGAAUGUCAUGAGUUAUUUGCAGAACAACGAUGGGAAAUACUUCGACAAGGAUUCUUGCUUGGUGGUGUCCGGUGGUGACGUGGAUAAUGAUGAUAAUGCUGACGUGGACGAUGCAAGCCAGAAGAUGAACGCUAUUAUUAAUAAUGACGUCAAUAAUAAGAAUAUUAUUAUGCAGCAGGCGAAGAGGAAACGAGUUGUUGAUAAGAAAUCUGAAAUUGUUAAAGGCCAAUGGAGUCCUGAAGAAGAUGGGUUGUUGGUGGAGUUGGUGGAGAAGCAUGGUGUAAGAAAAUGGUCAACCAUAGCUCAAAUGCUACCUGGGAGAAUUGGAAAGCAGUGUAGGGAAAGAUGGCACAACCAUUUAAAACCCAAUAUUAAGAAAGAUCGAUGGUCGGAGGAAGAAGACAGUAUAUUGAUUGAAGCGCACCGACAACUCGGAAAUAAAUGGGCGGAAAUCGCGCGAAGCUUGCCGGGAAGGAGUGAGAACACAAUCAAGAACCAUUGGAACGCAACGAAGAGAAGACAACUUUCGUCCCGCAAAAACAGCAAUUCCAAGACAAACAGCCCCUUGCAAAACUACAUCAAGACAGUCAUUGCUACCAAUACUACUUCAGAUGACAAGGGCAAUCUCGACAUUUCCUCCUCAUCCUCCUCGGUCUCAGUCUCGGCCUCACCGGAUGGUAUGGUGAACCCUAAACCAGUCGAUAAUAUUUGCUCGAAGGCGAUGAAAUUUGAGAAUGCGUCCGCCAUUAUUAAUAAUGCUGCAGCAGCCGAGGAGAGCUUCAAAGUAUUAAUGCCGAUAAGUACUUCGAUGGAAACGGCGGCUCAAAUGCACGUGGCGACGCAGUUCGAUUUGGUGAAAGAGAUGGAUUUCAUGGAAAUGCUGUCCAAUUAUAACGAGUAUUAUAUGUGAUCGAUCGAGUACUUUACGUUCUUUUUUUCGUAUAUUUAUUUGUUUUGUUUGUUUCAGACACAGAUCAGUUUCAUGCUGCUUUACGUAUGCUGUUGGAUUUUUUAAACAUGGUUAAUUAAGUAGUUAUUGACUUAAUAUUGAAGAUAUAU